AUACCAAGAUACAAAAUUUAUUCGAUAUUUAACUGUAAGCAAGCUUCUUAAUUAGCAUGGCUGUCUGGUCUAACUAAAGCAAUCCGUGUGCGAUUUACAUAGAUCUAUAGAGAGACAGUCAAAACACUUUAAUAACACUCUCCGGAGGAUCAAUUCUUAUAUCUUUUCAUUGUAUACAUCAAGCCUCUAGCAACUUAAAUAAAGUAGUUCAUUAUCGUUAAUUAGCAUACUUGCUUAUGAUACAGACUCUCAGGAAUGACGAAUGGAUAUUUUCUGCUUUAUAUUUUUAAAGGACCGUCCUGCAGUUUGCAAUAUUCUCGUCUUGAGGUUUUACAUUUUCUUUCAUGGAUUUCUAAACUGUAUGUGGUAGCAAGACCGUUGCAUAUUUCACGUUAAUGCCGUCUUUCCACAACAGAGAUGCUUCAAGAAACAAAUCAUAAAAUACAUGUAUUUAUAUACAUUGUUUACAUUCACAACUCUACAUUCUGUGGAACGUAGCUUGCAUUGGAUCUAGCUGUAGCUAUUCAUGGCUUCGUCGUCUGCUGUAUCCAUAACAGUGGCUCCCAUACAACCAGGUCGUAUUUUAAGCCCAGAGGCAUCGCGGCAGUUCCAGGUUCCAUUUCGACCAAGGGUAAAGUCAAGCAACUUAUCGGAUAUCUAUAAAAAUCCAAAGCUCCUCGCGAGUCUUCUCCAGAGUGGCACUUCAACGCCUUGGUCGUCUGCUAGGCUGUUCUUGUUUCUGACACCAUGUUUUGUGUUUCAAUUCGUAUUUGCGCUUUGCGCCUUGUUCUCCACGUUGAACCUCAAAACGUUGGACACAACAUCCAGAAUGGAGGAAUUUGAAAUGUUGCAUCUUGUUUUGGGCGGAAUGUUGAGUGUAGCUUUGACCAUCAGCAGUCAAAAAAUGGUGCAGAAGUUUAUUGGCUCUAGGAAGAACACGGUAGUGGUGUUUUUCUGUCAUGUGAUUUACCUGUUUAUGGGGCUCACGCUUGUCUUCGCGGCUAAUUUGGAAAGGAUUUCAAUCGUGCUCAAAAACAACACUGAAGUGAGUAACUGGACGAGUGUUUUAACAUCAUCUUCUGCCUCGCAGGUUUACGACAUUCCAUCUUCUUCUACCUCGCAGGUUUACGACAUUCCAUCUUCUUCUGCCUCGCAGGUUUACGACAUUCCAUUGUCUUCUGCCUCACAGGUUUACGACAUUCCAUUGUCUUCUGCCUCACAGGUUUACGACAUUCCAUCUUCUUCUGCCUCGCAGGUUUACGAUAUGCUUAACAAUCCGUCAAAGCCAACGUCUUGGGCGAUGUCCUACUUCAGCGAAACAUCGGGGCUUGGUUUGGUUCUGUCAGUCUCAGGAUACGUCAUAUUAAUAUCCUCCGCGAGCAGUGGUCAGUACCUCCUGACCAGCAUUGCUAUGUCGACAGCUGAGGAGCGGGAUUACGGAAGGAUACUAUUUGUAUCUAUUCUAAUAUCUGGGCUUGGUGGAUGCACAUUAAGUAUCCUAGGUUUCGUAAGUUUCUUGCCUGACACAGAAUCACUAAAAGAUACUGAUUACGUUCUCUUUAGAACCUUUGGUCUAGUGUGUGCUGCUUUAGGACUGCUGGUGUCUAGCAGCGUGUGCUGCAUCAGCGCAUGGUUCCAUGACGUCAUCAGCAGUCUUCUCCGCAACGCCAAGGAAACGGACACUAACGGUUUGGCACCGUGCGACAGAAGACCGACGAAGACGGCGCAGGAGAUCUACGACGAAUGCGCGCCCCUCCUUGCGGAUCGGGCUCGCGGUAUGCUGCACUCGAACUCUCUGGAACUGGACAGGAGCUUGACCGAGACCAGGGACAUCAGCAACACCGUGAGCCAGUCCGACACUUUCAUUGAUGACUCGUGCUCGUCCUCAAAUCAGAUCAAACAGCCAGCUUACGUGGUGCCUGUGGUGCCGUCUCUGUCUCGAUCUCAGAAGCUCCUCCUGUUUCUCAAGCGCCAACGAAAUCUCUCCUUCGCCCUUCUUCUGACGCUCUUCCUGGCCAGCUCUGGGGUGUCUUUUGAGUUCUAUUCAACCACCUACAUGACUCUGGCGGACGGCCAGGCCGAUGACAUGAGAGGACUAACAAGUGGGACUCAGCAAGCCUGCAUGGGUCUCUCAAUUCUGUACUUGACUUUUACAUGUGUACAUUGUGUAUAUGACCUAGCUAAUCGCUACAUUGAGUGGAGGAGACUUGCUAUUGGGUUCAGUUUACUGGCUUCUAUCUGGACAUUGGUGCUAGCUUCCAAACACGUGAACGCAGUGUUCUACAUUGUGGCCUUUGUCCAGGGUCUGUUCAAGGUCACGGCACUUAGCCUCCCACAGUUGCUGACCACGCAAGCUGUGCGAUCGCCUAUUUCGUUUCGGAAGAGUUUCGUGCUGCCAACCUUGUUAGAGAUUUCAAUGACAUCACUCUGGUGUAUGCCAGCUGUGGGACUAAUUGUUUAUUCGCUCAUAGCCUUGCCCUUGUUCCAAGCCACAGGCCUUUUAGCAAUUCCAAUGUAUUAUUCCGCAAUAGCUGCUAUUCUUAGCUGUAUUGGGCUGCUCCGUUUACUAUAAGCAUUGUUAUUCUUAUUGCUUUGUUAGAAGUUUGCAUAUUGUAGUGGUUUUAUUAUGAUACAUAGUUUGUCACAUAUCUAAUGAAUUUAUAACAAUUCAUUAUGUAAUUUCUUAUUAGUUAUGAAAGUUCUUGAUAAAAAGAAAAAAAAAAGCUU